AUGGAGAUGCAUCCCCGCAACGCCGGCAGGAAACCACUCCUUGCUCUGGCAUUUUUCAUGGCAACAUCCGUUGCCUCUUCCUACGGUUUUGUGUCGCCGGGCCUGAUCAGGUUUAACUACCGAUAUGGUACCUGUCCCAACAUGUCGGCUGGAGUUUGUGCCACGCCGUCGACGGCAUACCUGGGGACUUUGGGGCAACCCGUAGGAAUCCUUGCAAAUCGCCAAGGACCAUUUCGCGGUGUUGGCACCGGUGCCCUCGGCAGCCCCUCUUCUGCGCUUUUCGCUGCCGACGCCGCGGAUUCUGAUGAUCGGCCACUUCUUGAGAGAGUGAAGGACGUUGUUGCUGACCAGCUUGGUGUGGAUCGCGCAAGAAUCGCUCCUGAGUCAAAUUUUAUUAAGGAUCUGGAUGCAGACAGCUUGGACAGCGUUGAGCUGGUCAUGGCAUUUGAAGAAAAAUUUGGAGUCAGCAUUCCCGAUGAGGAAGCAUCCAAGAUCGCCACCGUCCAGGACGCUCUGAGCUACAUCGAGAAAGCCAAGAGCGCGACAGCAUGA